UUGAACGCUAACCAAAACAAUGUCAAAGUCAUACAAGUUUUUCGUAAACAAGCAAGUUGUAAAAAAUAAUUAAACAAUGCCUAAUUAACCGUUUAACUAUGUAAUAACUAUAUCAAAACAUACCAAAAAAAUUUUAAAAUGUAUUUCAACAUAAAAACGUAACGGCAAGAAAUGAAAAAAAUACAAACAUGAGAUUUUCAAAAGUUUUUUUGACUCUCGCUAUCAUUUUCACAGCUUAUAUUGGAGACGAAAUCGUUUUUCGAUCAAGAUAUUCAACCUCUUUAGCGUUUCGCGCCAUUACUGACAGUGUAGUGCACGCGAGCCUUGGAUUUUUAUCUUCCUUGAUAUUUUUCAGCCAUGAACACAAUAUAAAUUUGGAAAAUACUGUUAUUAAUGUAACUUUUUGUACAUUAUUGUCGUCCCUGAUUGAUAUAGACCACGCUUUUGUAGCUAGGUCUGUUUAUUUGAAGGACAUGACAAACUUAAAAAGCAGAGGCAUAUUUCACUGCACAACUUUCUGGCUGCUUUUAACUACUCUAAUUUUAUCAUAUAGUUAUAUAGAAAAGAAAUUAAAUAUAUACUUACUAUCUUUCAUGAUAAUCUUAGCUUUUACUAGUCAUCAUUUAAGAGAUGGGAAUAGACGUGGUCUAUGGUUUUAUCCUUUUGGAAGCUCGCCACCCAUAGACAAGAGUUUAUACCUCUUUCUUUUAGCUGUGUUGCCGCAUCUGUUUGCUUGUGCCUAUCAGACUUUCAAAGGAGGUUUUACUAAAAGUUAUGUGGUUGAUUAUAGUAUGGUUGUUUAGGCGUUUUUUUUAUAAAAUGUGAUAUAUUUAUUUAAUACUAGCCGUUUUCCCGCGGUUUCACCCG